AUGAAGUUAUUCUCGUCUUCCAUUAUGCUCCUAGCCUCUGUUGCCAACUCUAUGCCAUUCGACGAGAGAGAUGCAUCCUCCUUAGCAGUGAACCUGGAGAUGAUUGGCAACACGCUUGUUAAGGCGACGAUCACCAACAAUGGCGGAUCUGAUCUGAAGCUGUUCAAGACCGGUUCACUGAUUGAUCCUGAUAUCCAAACCGAGAAGGCUGAGAUCUUCCAGAAUGGCGAGAGCAUUGACUUUGAAGGCGUUUAUGUCGAAAUCUCUAUGGAGGACGUGGACGACACCGACUUUGAAGCUCUUCGCGUUGGGCAGACCCUUGAGACCACUUUCGAUGUCGGUGAAACCCACAACCUUGGCGCCGGCGGCAACUUCUCUCUGAUCUCUACUGGAUCCUUCUUGUACGCUCUGCCCGGGUCCAACGAGAUCGCAGGCGUGAUCCAGUUUACCAGCAACACCAUCAACACGCACGUGGACGGUGCCGCUGCCUCCUCCAUCCAUCAGGGUUUCGCCCUUCGCGCACGUCACAUCCUGGUGCCCGGCUGCCAGGGGGGCUAA